AUGCCGACUGAUUACAUGUACGUGGCCAAGUGCAGCGAGGCCAACUUUGGACGAGGGCAACUCAGUCUUUUCGGGAACAUUCAACUGAGCCCAUCUGCUGGAGUUCUAAACUACGGCCAAGGAUUAUUUGAAGGCACAAAAGCAUACAGAAAGGAAAAUGGGCACCUACUCCUGUUUCGACCAGAACAAAAUGCCAUGCGCAUGCAGGCAGGGGCAGAAAGAAUGUGCAUGGCAGCACCGUCCGUGGAUCAGUUUGUGAAUGCUCUCAAGCAAACUGCCCUGGCUAAUAGGCGCUGGGUUCCACCACCGAGGAAGGGAUCAUUGUACCUCAGGCCUCUGCUCAUAGGAACGGGUCCUGUAUUGGGUUUGGCCCCAGCACCUGAGUAUACAUUCCUUGUAUAUGCUUCCCCUGUUGGAAACUAUUUCAAGGAGGGUUCGGCGCCGCUUAACUUGUACGUGGAGGAGGACUUUGAUCGCGCUUCUCGUCGCGGAACCGGAAGCGUCAAAACCAUUUCAAAUUACGCUCCAGUACUAAUGGCACAAAUGAGAGCAAAGAACAGGGGAUUUUCAGACGUGCUGUACCUGGACUCACAGACCAAGAAACAUCUGGAGGAGGUGUCCUCCUGUAACAUUUUUAUUGCCAAGGGCAAAAACAUCUCAACACCAGCCACCAACGGAACCAUUCUCGCUGGAAUCACCAGAACAAGUGUCAUUGAAAUUGCUCGUGAUCAUGGCUACCAGGUGGAGGAGCGUGCGGUUGGAGUGGAUGAAUUAGCGGAGGCCGAUGAAGUUUUCUGCACUGGAACUGCCGUUGGUGUUGCCCCUGUAGGCACCAUCACGUAUAGAGACACAAGGAUGGAAUAUAAAACUGGCAGUGGAACUAUUUGUCAAGAGCUGUGUUCCACCCUCACCGGCAUUCAGACAGGAAAUAUUGAAGAUAGCAAAGGGUGGGUCCACGAGAUUUACUGAGCUCCUGGGAUUUUGCUCGGACGAAAGUGUUGUGAAAAAUUGGAGAUCGAUCGUGUACCAUUUCACAAUAAAGAAAAUUGUUAAGAGUCGUGAUGUGUCUGUGCGAUUACUGGGGAUGGUAGAGUUUUGAAAGAAAAGUAACAUCCCCCCCGGGAGGGUGUUAUUUUGUACAUGUUGUUUUACUGUGACAGUAUAAAGAAGAUUAAAUACGACUGGAGAGGGGACGUAUUGGGUGUUUGCCGCUAACUUAAAGGAGGCAUAUGAAGAUCACCGGAGAAUCCAUUGUUAACGUGAGCGCCUGGGAGAUUUCCACUUAUCAAAUUAGAAUUGGUUGUGAGGGCUGAGGAAUGUUAGUUUAGAAAUUGGUUGGCUGUGCGAAAAGAAAGCUCAUUAAUGGUAAUGACAAUGAUAUAUAUUCCUCCGA